GCAGCAGCUGUAACUGAGGAUGAAGAAGAUGAAGAUGUAGCAGCUGUAACUGAGGACGAAGAAGAUAAAGAGGCAGCAGUUGUAACUGAGGAUGAAGAGGCAGCAGCUGUAACUCAAGAGGAAGAGUCCAGAGCUGAAGUUGCAAUUGUGGAGGAAGAAGCAGCAGAUGUAACUGAGGAUGAAGAAGAUGAAGAGGCAGCAGCUGUAACUGAGGACGAAGAAGAUGAAGAGGCAUCAGCUGUAAAUGAGGAUCAAGGGGCAGCUGCAACAAAUGUGGAGGUGGAGGUCAUUGAAAAUUCUGUAGAGGAAGAGUUAAAUCCAGAAAGUGAAGAAGAAGAGGUUGCUGCAGUGGCAGAGGAUGAAGGAUAUAUAAUACAGGAGCAGGAAGAGGAAGCUGGAGAGGAGGAGGAUGAGCAGUAUGUCUCCCAAGAUCAUGAUGCAGAGGAAGAAGAUCCUGAAGAAGAUGAUCAAAGAGACACAGCUUCUGUAGAUGUCUCUCCUACAGAGAAGGAGAACGCUGAGACAACAGAGCAGGAUUCUGACGGGUCAGAGAAGGAAGGAGCGGACACGAUCCCCACUACAGAGGAGAACAAGAAACUGAAUGAAGAGGAAGUCCAGGAUUCAUCAGAUGAGGAUGAAGAACCAGAAGAGGAGGCAAAAGAGGAGGCAAAUGUUCAAACAGAAGAUAUGAUGGAAUCAGAUGACGAGGAGGAGGGGAGAGAUGAAGACAAGCAGGAUGGAGCUGAUGAAGAGGAGGCAGAGAAAGAAGAGAUAUAUGAAGGCGAUGAUUCACUUUCAAACAACUGAGUCAAAUGGUGCGCAUCAACACCUGGAGAUUUAUUUUCUGUGCUGGAAGUGUCCAUCAAGAGGACUGGGAACUGUUUCAGACUGAUGACUACAUGAAGGUGCUGUGGUUUGCAGUUGCUUUAGACACAGAAAUCCUGAAAUGCAGACCUGAUCAGAAGAAUGACGUUGUUACGAUGGAGGAUAAG